AUGAAGGGAGUAGUACUAUUACAUCUUUUCUUCUAUUGUGCAAUAGCAACAGCCAAAACUAUAUCGGGAGUCUUUACGAGUUUUAACUCUUUGACUUAUGCUAAUACUGGUAACUAUCCAUACGGGGGUCCUGGUUAUCCAACAUGGACUGCAGUAUUAGGUUGGAGUUUGGACGGAACUGUAGCUAGUCCAAGUGAUACAUUCACAUUGAUCAUGCCAUGUGUUUUCAAAUUUAUUACCACGCAAACUUCGGUAGACUUAACUGCUAAUGGUGUCAAGUAUGCAACAUGUACUUUCCACGCAGGGGAAGAUUUUACUGCCUUUUCAAGUAUGAGUUGUGUGGUAAAUAAUGGGUUGACUUCAAAUAUUAAAGCAUUUGGUACCGUAAGGAUACCAAUUUCAUUUAAUGUUGGUGGAACUGGAUCUUCUGUCAAUCUUCAAGAUUCCAAGUGCUUUACAGCCGGAACUAACAGUGUCACCUUUACCGAUGGAGAUCACAAAAUUUCUAUUCCAGUGGAUUUCCCCAAAACACCGGAAUCAUCUAGUGGUUUGAUUAAAUACUCAAGAGUUAUUCCAACCCUUGAUAAACUAUCCAGUCUUGCAGUAGCCUCUCAGUGUACCGCUGGAUAUAAGUCUGGUGUGCUCGGGUUUUCUGCAACAAAGAACGAUGUGACAAUUGAGUGUUCAAAUGUACAUGUGGGGAUAACAAAUGGUUUGAAUAGUUGGAAUAUGCCGGUGUCAUCAGACUCAUUUUCUUAUACAAAAACUUGUACUUCAAGUAGUUUUAUCAUUACCUAUGAAAACGUUCCUGCAGGUUAUCGUCCUUUUAUUGAUACAUAUGUGAAAAAAACAUCAACAACAUCGACCGGAUUUAAUUUGAAUUACACGAAUUCAUACGUUUGUACUGAUGGCAAAAAGGGAAAUGACCCACUUAUUUACUUUUGGACUUCGUACACCAAUAGUGAUGCAGGAUCCGAUGGAGCUGUUGUAAUUGUUACCACGAAAACAGUGACAGAUUCUACAACAGCAAUCACUACAUUACCAUUUGAUCCCACGGUCGAUAAAACCAAAACCAUUGAAGUUUUAGAACCUAUUCCAACUACCACAAUCACCACUUCAUAUGUUGGGGUUUCUACUUCAUUUUUUACAAAGACAGCAACUAUUGGGGGCACAGCAACUGUUAUUGUUGAUGUCCCAUUUCAUACAACUACCACAAUCACUAACACUUGGACGGGAUCAAUCACCACGUCAAGUACUUAUACAAAUCCCACUGAAUCAGUUGAUACAGUUAUUGUGCAAGUUCCACUGCCAAAUCCAACAGUUACAACUACUCAGUUUUGGACCGGAAGCGUUCCUACAACAGAAACUGUAACUACUGGACCAAAAGGUACAGACUCAGUGAUCAUCAGAGAACCACACAACCCUACUGUAACUACAACUGAAUUUUGGACAGAAUCAUAUGCUACUACCACUACCAUCACAAACAGUCCAGAGGGCACAGACUCGGUUAUUGUUAAAGAACCACACAACCCUACUGUGACUACCACCGAGUUUUGGUCAGAAUCAUAUGCUACUACCACUACCAUCACAAACAGUCCAGAGGGCACAGACUCGGUUAUUGUUAAAGAACCACACAACCCUACUGUGACUACCACCGAGUUUUGGUCAGAAUCAUAUGCUACUACCACUACUAUCAUAAACAGUCCAGAGGGCACAGACUCGGUUAUUGUUAAAGAACCACACAACCCUACUGUGACUACCACCGAGUUUUGGUCAGAAUCGUAUGCUACUACCACUACCAUCACAAACAGUCCAGAGGGCACAGACUCGGUUAUUGUUAAAGAACCACACAACCCUACUGUGACUACCACCGAGUUUUGGUCAGAAUCAUAUGCUACUACCACUACUAUCAUAAACAGUCCAGAGGGCACAGACAGUGUGAUUAUCAGAGAACCACACAACCCUACUGUGACUACCACCGAGUUUUGGUCAGAAUCGUAUGCUACUACCACUACUAUCAUAAACAGUCCAGAGGGCACAGACUCGGUAAUUGUUAAAGAACCACACAACCCUACUGUGACUACCACUGAAUUUUGGUCAGACUCGUAUGCUACUACCACUACUAUCAUAAACAGUCCAGAGGGCACAGACUCGGUAAUUGUUAAAGAACCACACAACCCUACUGUGACUACCACUGAAUUUUGGUCAGACUCGUAUGCUACUACCACUACUAUCAUAAACAGUCCAGAGGGCACAGACUCGGUAAUUGUUAAAGAACCACACAACCCUACUGUGACUACCACUGAAUUUUGGUCAGACUCGUAUGCUACUACCACUACUAUCAUAAACAGUCCAGAGGGCACAGACUCGGUAAUUGUUAAAGAACCACACAACCCUACUGUGACUACCACCGAGUUUUGGUCAGAAUCGUAUGCUACUACCACUACCAUCACAAACAGUCCAGAGGGCACAGACAGUGUGAUUAUCAGAGAACCACACAACCCUACUGUGACUACCACCGAGUUUUGGUCAGAAUCGUAUGCUACUACCACUACUAUCAUAAACAGUCCAGAGGGCACAGACUCGGUAAUUGUUAAAGAACCACACAACCCUACUGUGACUACCACUGAAUUUUGGUCAGACUCGUAUGCUACUACCACUACUAUCAUAAACAGUCCAGAGGGCACAGACUCGGUAAUUGUUAAAGAACCACACAACCCUACUGUGACUACCACCGAGUUUUGGUCAGACUCGUAUGCUACUACAAAGACCAUUACAGCAGGGCCACUUGGAACUGAUAGUAUCAUUGUGCAUGAUCCAUAUGAAGAACUGUCUUCUAGUAAUGCUAUUGAGUCGAGUGAUCUGUAUGUCUCAAGUUCAGUUCAAGAACCAUCUAGUCUGAUUGAACAGUCAUUGAGUUCUGCCGAAGAAUCAUCAAGUAUGGUUAAAGAGUCAUCUAGUUCUGAUAUACCAUCAUUAAGCUCCAUUCAGGUAUCAUCUAGUGAAUUGUUUACCGUUUCCAGUUAUGAUAGCUACUUUCAAACUAGCACUGAUACCUCAAGUUUCCUGGAAUCUUCUAGUUCCCAUUCAGAACUGGCUCUGUUUAGUUGGAGCUCUUUCAUUGAUUCACACUCCAGUCGGUCCUUAGACUCGAUAUCUGAUACCAUAAGCACAAGUCAAGAAACACCAAGCUCAAGUGAGGAAUCCAGUACAUCUACCACCGAUAAUUUAGUUUCAAGUGACACCAAUUCUAUUUUAAGUUUUGAAACUUCUAGCUAUUACCCAUCCAACUCAAUUCUGCCGAGUGACGACUUUCCGCAAACUAUAGCCGGGGAGUCGGAUAGUCAACCAAGCUCGUUAAUCACAUCUACUAUUGAGAUUUCUAGCGAUUCAGCGUCUCUUUCAAGUGACUCAACAAGCAGUUUUGGUUCAUCUUAUAACUGGAAUUCUGAUUUAUCGUCCUUGUCUUCCAACGGCAAAAGUGAUAUUUUGACUUCGUCUAGUUCUUCUACGUUAGUUGUUCUGUCUUUUUCAUUGAGUUCAACCAAUUCAUUUUCUUUAACAUACCCACAUUAUGUCAACUCAACAACAUAUCACACAUCGCAGUCCGAAGGUUCAUCUGUCGCGUCACCAUCAGUUACAAAUGACGAUACACAUACUUUGCUGGCAUCUACUGACAUCACAUCCAAUGCUGACACAGAUUUUUCUACGAUGACAAUUUGCCGUCGUGACAAUGGAGACGGCUGUAUUGUAACAGAUACUUCUUCGUCUGAAAUAGUCAGUGAACAGACUAGUGACGUGAUGACGACUUCUAACUUUAUUAGUUUUGGCACGCCAGCCUCAGAGGAACAUUCUAUUACUGACAUUCCAAAUAUUCAAUCAUUGCAAUCAAGUGGUAUGUCUUCAACUAAGACAUCAGUUAGUGUGACAGACACAAUAGUAAGCUCGAUUUCAUUAUCUAGUACGUCAACCUUUUUGUCUGCUGGCAGUAUUGCUUCUGAUACUGACAGACUCUCAACUACCAACCUUGGUGCUGGUAGUAUUACUGCUGAGUCACUGCACACAAGUACUACCUCCAACAAUGAACUGUCAAUUCAGGUUACAGGAGAAACACCAAGUUCAGGCCAUUUGUCGGCAACAUUUAGCUCUGUAUCAGAUAUUACUACUGGACAUACUACUGUUGAAGAUAAUGAACCAACCACUUUUUCACCAUCUUCGUCAAGUCGUUCUGAAACAUUUGCUAAUGACAAUAGCAUUUCAACAAAAGAUGUUGGUGGUGAAAAUACUAUUAAAACUCCUCCAGCUACUGACAUUGCCACAGCAUCAUCCUUAUUGACACAUUCUGCAGAAGUUUCUAUUGAAAUAAUUAGCGAGAGUUCAUUUAGCAAAGUUGCCAGCGUUCCAGUAAAUACUGAAACAUCCUUAAGAUCAAUAAAUUUGUCAUCAAAUGUUGCUACAGAAUCAAGUGAAACAGUUAAAACUGGAGCAAGUGCAGAAGCCAUUUCUUCUCCACCUACAUCAACUGAAAAUGGACUGAUCUAUUCAACUGAAGAAUCAAAAGUCAGUACAUAUCCUAACUCAGGUUCGAGUAAUGACCAAAUAAUUGAAUCUCAAGGAGCUGCUCAAACAGAUUCUGUUUCAACGUUGACGGCAAACCCAGUGGCAACUUUAACUUUUGGUGUCGACUCGUCAGCAGCCGAGAAUGAGUCAAGUGAAACAAAGUCAAGUGAGGAAUCUAAUAUGAAUUCAGACUCACUAAAUGAAACUAACAAUGGUAUUAACGCUAUUUUUUCAAAAGCAGAAGUUCCAAAUUCUUUUAUUCAGUCAGAUUCCAUAUUGACUAUGACAGCUAGUGCAACUGAUGCUUCUAUGAGCGGAGAUGGUGCUGCUCUAAAUGCACAACCAACGACUUUGGUUCAACAAAUAGCAACUUCUUCCUACAACUCGCCCCUUAUUUCUACAUACUCCGAAUCCUCUUCCGGCACUAAACAGCCUUCCUGGUUUCUUAAAUUUAUUGGUAUUGCAUUAUUCUUUUCGUUGUGA